GAAAGGUACAACUACGGAGAGUUUGGCCAAAGUUCUCUACACGUUACUACUUUAUUAGCCUACGACCUCGCCAAAACAAUCACACGUUUUUAUUGUCACGUUAUAGUUUUAUCCGAAGAAACCAACGUUGGCCACGUGUAGAUUUUGUGUUAUUUUUUGCGCGUAAACUUCAGGAAGCACCUGCGUAAUUCAGGUAACCCACCCAUGAAGAGGGAAGUCCUUGAGUGAAAGCAGGAUGUGCUCCAGUCCGGGAAUCUGUGGGAGCCGCUCCCGCCCUUCCAGCUCAGCAGCUACUGGUUCAGGGGCCCACUAUGCCCUGUGUGCCCUGGGCGUGGGUCUCAUCGCUCUGGGCAUCGUCAUGAUCGUGUGGACUGUCAUACCAGUGGAUGGAGAGAACACAGGCAAUCCUCCAACCACCACAGCUGACAACUCCACAGUGCCCAUAGACGAGGAUGAGAAGGAGAAGGAUGACCGGACAAAGUCUUCAUCCGUGGCGAUGGUGCUGGUGGGGGUAGGGGGCGCCAUGCUGCUCCUGUCCAUCUGCCUGGGAGUGAGGAGCAAGAGGAGAGCCAGGAACGAAAGGAACCAGCCAGCCCAGACAGGUGUCCCCUUCAUGGAGCAUGUAGCCGGAGAGCAGGAAGAACCAGUUCCAGACCCAGCUGCCUAUAAUGUCCCAAGUUACGAGGAGGCAGUGGGCAGUGGUAACUACCCAGUCCGCCAGAGCAACCUCCGCAACAGUAUGACCCACCUCCCUUCUUAUGAGGACAUCAUUGCUGCAGUUGAAAAUGAAGGAUCUGAACCUACAACCAACAACCCCCCCACAGAGGAAACACCCCUGAACGGCCAAACCCCCGCCCCACCCCAGAAUACCUCAGAGUCCCAAGGUGAGGCCAGCGCUCCCGAAAGGAACCCCUCCCUGCCCACUCGCAGCAGCAGUAGGGUCAGCCGACUACUCCAGCCUCUCCGAGUCAGAAGGAUAAAAUCAGACAAACUGCACCUAAAGGACUUCCGCCUCCAAAUCCGCAAUCCCACCACAAAUCCAGUCACCAUCGAGCCCAUCACCCCUCCACCGGGAUAUGAGAACAAGAUGCCUGAACUGAACCAGAGUUGAGUCGGUAGAGAAGAAAAUAGAUGGACAUUUUAAAAGACCCAUUUCAAGGUUGGCAUUGUGUUGGUUAAAUGUGGUUGGGAGGCUGCAGCUGCUCCCAAAAGGAAAAUAUUUCAAGUAAAACUUGUUCUUUGUGUAUUUUCAUCUAUUUAUUUUGUGAAUGGCAUAUAAAAAGAGGCAUCUAGAUGGAGCUAUGAUUAAUGCCACCUGAUAAGGGGUGCAGUGGUACAGUGCAGCGCCAGAGGAACCUUCUCCAAACCUUGAGCUGCACAGUGUCAAAAUCCAGGUUUGGGAUUGAAGACCAGGAUACAGGGAGCAAAUGUCCCUCCACAGCGAAGGGUCCUACCUGAACCACAGUGUGGAAACAGGACCCUCCUGGGUAACAUUUUAUAAUAUCUACUCUUUAAUUCGCCUUAAUAAAGCAUUAAGUGAUGCAAAUUUUGACACAUCUAGGGAUAAGAUAUUAUCAGCAAUUUAAACUCCGACAACUGGAUUUAAUACCUUGAUAAAGCAUUAACUUAAAGCAACUUAAUUCAUAAUGAACAAAUAGUAUAGUAACUACUGAAUAAGAGGUUAGGAUUAGGAGUUAGAAUAUUAAAGGCUAUUCAAGUUAGUUACUAAACCUGAAUCAUUAGGGUUAGGAUUUGUUCAUGCUUUAUUAAAGCAAAUGAAGAAUUAAGUUAUUACAAAGUGGUACUUCCUCCUGUUGUGAAUCCAUUGUGUUAACCACUCUGCCAACCACUAAUUCUUAUAAUGUGUUUGGAAUGAGGAGGCCUUAUGUUUUUAACUGUGUAUAUUCGAUUAGGAAUACAAAUCAAUAAAUAAUAGCAAAUAUUUUAUAAAUAUUCCUCAGCAAUUACAACAUAAUCGUGCAAACAACAUAUUUUGAUGUAACAUUCAAGAUGGUAAGUAUCUAACUACAUGUUUUGUGCUUUUUGGUUUGUACUGUCUGUUAUUUUUCUAAAUGUAGGAUUAUGGUAAAAAAGACAAUAUACCUUUUGUACUUUUUAUGUACUUUGAUGGGUCUGUGUGAAAUUGCAGUAUUUUUUAUUGUGUUUUUAAAGGAUGUGGCUAUUAUCUAGGGCUUACAGUAGACCAAUAAAAACAUGUUUUGAAAGCCUACUGAAAUACUUCAGAAGAAAACUAAAUGAUUAAAUAUGAUUUUAUAUGUUUGUAUUUUAAUAGGGUGUUGUUAGUAAUAAAUUGUUUAUA